CGGCGUAUGCGUAAUACGGUCACGGUCAGGCACGGUCACUGUCACGGUUCCGGGAGUUGUCACUAGCUGGCACCCGCGCGGGGAGUUGUCAGGUAAUGGGCUAGGAGUGCAGGCUCCCCACGGCCCAAGCCCGAAAAUAAUUCCAAGUCUCCAGCUUUAAGCAAACAAUAGAGCAUCCGGCACACAUUCUGGCAGCCAGCAGCCAGGCAGCUAGGCAGCCAGGCAUUCCGGCAUUCAGCCAUUUCGACAGCAAAUCAAUAAAAUAUUAUUGGCUGCAAAUACCCAUUUAUAAAUAGAAAAACUAAAUCCGAGCCUGAGCGCCUGUUAUGCCGUUUUCGGAGCUGUCCGAGUCCCCAGUCAAUAGAGAGCCCUGGCAGCAACAUCGUCAUCCGGCAUCCUGUCCAAUAGAUGGUGACGGCUUUCGAUGUCCAUGUCCCCGUGCAUGUCCAUCUCGCUGUCGAUGUCGGUGUCGAUGGGAUGUUAUUCAAAAUCCAAUAAUAAGCCCAACAAUUAUGCAGGACAGGCAAUAAAGUGCCGGGCAGCGAAACAAAUGUGAUGCGAUGGCCCAAAACUACAACUGACAGCUUGCCGGCGCAAAGGAUGCGCAGGACGCGGACACGGAUGUGGCUGUGGAGCUGGAUCUGGUUGGGGGCCCAUGAUUACGAGCUGCAAUGGCGACGCGUUGACAGGUCUGGUCAGGACGCCGCUCCCCCGGGUCCUUGCCUCGUUUUAGUUUCCGUGGCGUUGCUCUUUUUACGAGCCACGGGGAGUGCGGUGAGCUGCGAGUGUUGUUUUUUACGACAAGCAGCCGUUUUAUUGCAAGUGUCGGUGGCCUCGUCUGAGGUUAUUAAAGUUUCAGCCGCGCAUUUGGUGUGAAGUCGCACUGCGGCGAGUGCCUGGGGCUGUUGCAGCCACACAGCCCCCACAGCCCACACAGCCCCCACAGCCCCCUGUUUAUUUUGUGCUGAGAAAUGCAAUCAUAAAACGUUCAAGGCCCCGAAUGCAGUGCGACGAUAAGAUACGGAGAACAGGAGAGCCACUGCGCUGAGGCUCCGGGGCAGGAGCUCCUAGGAAGGCGAAACAGCGCCAGCAAGGUACUCCUUGCCCGGGGGAGCGCUAUUCCGCCCCCACAAGUGGGCCCAUUAAAGUCGCCAUUUGUGUAGCCGCAAACGAACUCCCCGCCUCCGGCAGCUGCCAAAUGGCUUUGUGCAUUCGGAAUGGGGCGGGGGCCCAGGUUGUCGGGGGUCGCCCCUAAAAACAUGAAAAGCGAGGCCUCGAGAGCGUCUCAGCCGCCAUUCAGGCAACUAAAAGCCCGUAAAAGCCUAUUGACACAAAUCGGGAAAAUGGGGAAUAAAAAUAAACCGGAAUAGAUCGGAGAGCAAGUCGGGCGAGCGGCCUCGGAACCAGAGGCACAGAUAUGGCUUUUGUGGGCCAUUCUCGGUCUCCUACUCCGUCCUGCGAAGUCGGAGGUCCUCGCAGAAGAGCCACAGAGCCACAGAGCCGAGAAUGAUAUCCCAGAGUCGUAAGCUAGUUUGGAUUGUUGCGGGAAACAAAGCCCGACUAUCAGCCAUCCUGUUUGGCUAACAACAUAAAAGCCACCGUGGAGGGAAGGGCCAAGGCACGGAGCCCUAAGCUGGAAUCGAUGGGACGGCGGAUGGGGAGAGGAGCGAGUAUGGCGGGCAAAUAUUUUCCACGGAGGCGGAAGACUGAAAACUGGAAAUGUAAAUAUGAAAAUUGAAUCAGGGACAGGCGGUCGGAGACGGCUGUCAUCUCGCAGCACACACGCCGUAAGCCGGAAACGGAUCUGCGAGAAAAGUGUAACGGAAAUCGCCCACAGACAGCGGUCCGGAGGCAGGUGGGCAGAGGGUGGCUGGUUGCUGGCUGCUGGUUGGACGGUGGAUGGAUGCCUCCGUAAAUGCAAUUAACAGGGUAAACAAUAAUAAAACUUUAGUAAUAGCAAAGAGUCAACUCCGGUUGCUGCUGCUGCCGAUAAACAUGUUGUUCGGGCAGCUCGUGUUCCAUUCACUGGACCCCAACCUAAACAAACAGAACAGAACAGAACAGAACCCAACCCGAACCCGAACCCGAACCCGAGACCCCAAAUGUUUCCUUCCCUUUUAUUUGCUUUGGCUCGGGGGCAUGCAAAGAGAACAGAUAUGUACAUAAUUCAAUUCCCCUAUUGGGCAAGCAGGCCAGCAGGCCAGCAGUCCAUAACUGGCCCGGCAAUUACAUCGCAAUUAGAGCCGAAUUGGAGAACAACAAGCCGGCCAGAUUGAUCCAAUUGAGGUGUGACAAAUCGCGGGAAUCAUCAUUAGCGGCCGCAACGACUAAAUCAGUGGGCCGCCGCUCGCACAUCCUUCAGUCGGUCGUAAUUAGCCGCGGCGAGCGCCUCUCGAGCCAUGGGCGGUUGUGGCAAGAUACUGGGCCUCCUGAGCCUGCUCGGCCUCCUGCAACUAGCCAGGCAGCACUGCUACACGAUGAAGCUGGUGGGCAUCUCGAGCUGGGACACGCCCGCCUACAGGCUCAAGAUGAACAUGUUCCUCAAGAACAACUCCCUGUCCUCGGUGACGACGGUGCACCAGGACGUGGCCAUUCCGCUGUGGCACCUCGUCCUGCUGCAGCACCCCCGAAAGCGCGGCUCGGGUCCUGCCCCGUCGCGCGUGGAGCUGCCCCGGAUCCUCUACAACUCGACGACGAAGACCUGCGACUUCUGGAAGUACAUCCGCCACGUCUCCGCCUGGAAUAACGUCGCCAAGCUGAUGCUCUCGAAGAACGCCAGCAACAUGAGCCUGGCGUGUCCCCUGAAGGCCGGCGUCUACGUGAUGAACCGAAUCCAGGUGCCGCCGGACACGGCGCUCCUGAAGUUCAUGUACCACCCGAACACCAUCUACUCCCUGGAGGGCACCGUCUACGCCCUCAACCCCAAGGACAAGGUCUCCAAGAAGGUCCUCUGCCACUACGAGGUGAACGCCACGAUCUUCAAGUCCUGCUGACGGGAGUGUCCUUCAUCAGGACAAUCAGGCCAAUAAUAUUACUAUUUUUUUUAGCCGCUUUGGCAAUGUAACAAUAGGCUUGUUUUCCCCUUGUUUUUCGCAAUUUCACAAUAAACCGAAGCACGAUCGGGGAACUAAUUCGAUGAACGUGUUUUCACACAGAACAGAAUAAUAAGAUAAUCAAAUUAGACCCGGCUCUGGCCCCACCCCCUUAAAAAUCUGUAUGCC